AUGUCACAAAGGCUCUUCCUCGGCCUUGGCUUUGCCACUACCCCGUACUGCGGCAAGCUCGUGUGGACAGCUGAAGCUUACAGGCCAUUAGAUGGUGGAGGUGAUAGUGCAGGCAAGCAGGCAGUCUGGACUGUUCGCAAUAUCCAGACGUUGAGAUUGCCAAACGAACGUAUAUUUGAGUGGAAUUUGAAUUUGGAAAGCAUUGAGUUACCGAGUAGUUUUGCCCUGGAUCUUAUCUUGAUCGUUGCGACGCCACACUUCGAUUCAGUGGCGCCCGAGUCAACGACAUUCUAA